AUGAGGGAGGAGGGCGGAAAGAUGUUCGACGAGGACCCGAUGGUGCUGAAGAAGAAGCAGUCGGUGAUCGACGUGGGGCAGCGGACGCAGCUGGACCUGGUGCACGGGGAGAUACGGCGCAACAAGGAGGUGCUGACCACCCUGCGCCUGGAGAACGCGCAGCUGCAGCUGAAGAUGCAGCAGGCGAUCCGCGGCCAGCGCCGGAUGACGGGCGAGGAUCACUUCCGUAGGGAGGAGGAGCAGCUGCACAACAAGCUGUGUGUGCUGAAGCGUAGCCUGAACAGCGUGACGGGCAAAAAGGAGGAGCUGGUGCGGGAGAUUGAGCGCACGAUAGAGGAGACCAGCUUCAUCAUGAAGGAGGGCGGCCCCGUCGUGGACGAGAACUCCGCGGUGGGGCAGAAGAUCCGCGCCCUGGAGAACCGCCUCGACAAGUGCCUCAUCAAACACAACGAAGUGAACGCCAUCCGCCGCACCUACGAGACCCUGCUGGAGCGGCUGCAGCAGGAGCAGUCCGGGUUUGACACGCAACUUGCCGCCAUGGAAAAGACACUGCAGUGCAAGGAGAAGGACCUGGCCGAGUUGAAUAGUGUGGCGAGUGAGGCCACGAAAGGCCGAGACGCGGCAAAAGCGGAGGUGCAGCGGCUGAAGUUGCACCUCACGCGGGAGCGGCGGGCACACAAGAAGGACAUCACCGAACGCCGCGCAUUUGUGAUGUCAAAGCGGGAGCAGUUGGAGAAGCGCUCACGGAUGCUGCAGGAAAAAAUUGAGAAGGGGGAGGAACGUCGGCUGCGCGCGCGACUGGCGCUUAGUAACACGCAAAAGAAGAAGUCCCGUCUGAAUGCGCAGAAGCAACUCCGGCAAGAGGAACUAGAGCAGCAGAUGCGGCAGCGCGAACUGUACAACCGUCUGAAGGAGAUCACGAUGAGCAACAACGUGACAGAAGUCAUCUCAAAGCUGCGGGAACGCCGGGACGCCAACGCCCAGCUGCUGGUCACCGUGCGGGAUGCGGAGUCGAAGGACGUGUCCUUGAAGCAGGAGCGGAAGAAGCUACAGGAGGAGUGGAACGAGCUCCAGCAGCAGAACGGGGGGGGCUCCACGGCGUUGUUGCGGCAGCAGCUGCAGCAGCAGCAAGGGGGAGGUGCCGGCAUGGACGAGGAGGUCGACGCCAAAGACGGCGCGGAGCUCGGCGACGCGGCACUGGCGCGUGUGAUUGAGCAGCGUGCGAAGGUGCGUCGCUGCGUGCUGGAGGAGUUUGACUCCCACCUCUCCGACCGCCAGAACGAACUAGAGGCGGCGCAGCGAAUGCAGGACUCCCUGGGGCAGAUGCUGCUGGACGUCGACGCCGGGGUCCACCACCUUGCCGAGAAGGUCGCCGCCGGGGAGGCGGCCGAGAGCACGGCCCCGGCGACGGGGUCGCUCUCGUGGCCCUCGAUCAACGCCGCACUUCUGCCCGUCUCCGCGCCAUGCACCACGCGUGGGGAGGCCAUAGUGGAGCUGCUGCGCUCCUGCGGCUCGCGGCUGCGGGCGAUGCUCACGGCGAUGCGGGAGGGAGAGGUGGAGACGACCACGAAGCUCUUGGCGCACUGGCACGGGGCCAUGCCGCAGUCAAACGUUCGCGUGCGACUCCAGCCGCAGGCCGCGCGGGACGUCAACCGCAACGUCGACGAGCUCUCCGACGAUAUGGACGACGUGAGUGACACGGGCUUCGCCUCGGGGAGCCUCGAGAAGGACCGCCACAUGUCGGAGGGCGGGGAUGCGGUGUUUGGUGGCCGGAAGUGGCUCGGCGCGUCCGCGGCCCGCGGCGCCUUCGCCGACGACUUCCCCGAGAACGAAAUUCACGACAGGCACGAGCUGAAGAUGAUGUCCCUCGCCACCGUGGAGCGGGAACGCAAGAAGGCGAAGAAGCAGCUGCAGCAGCGUUCCAAGGAGGAGAACCCGUAG